AUGAGCAGAGGCAAGUCUAUUGAAAGCAAGCCACGUUCAGCCCAACCUCUUCCCGAAAAGCCACGCAUUCGUAAAAGUCAUCGGAAACAUCAUGGUAAACUCUUCAUGGACCUAGGCAAGGAGUUUCCUCGACGUCUGACGAUUUGUGGGGUUGUAAUUGUCUUGGUGGUCGCGUCGCUUCAUUUUGGUAUUCAGCGCUAUCAAACUAUGCGGAGACAACGUCAAGUGUUUACGCCGAUCAAUCUGCCUAAGAUGAUUCCUCAGCACGAAACUAGUCCUGCAGUUUCGCCUGAAUUAUUCUGGGGAAGCUACAAACCAAAUAUCUUCUUUGGAAUGUCGCACCGAAGUCCCAACUCCACAGUUUUCGGAUUAAUUUGGGCAUCGUCUGAUGAGCAAUCAGUACACCUUCGUCACCAGUGCAAGCAUGCCCAAGGGGUGCAAAGCUAUAAUUGGAUCGAACAUGACGGCCGCAACUACGGUAUCGAAUCAAUCAUCAGUGGGAAUCAUAAUAUUACGGUUACUUUCGUUAAGCGUUCAAACGUUCCCAACGGGGGUGAUUGGUCUGCUCGAAUAUCCGUUUCAGUUGUUAAUGAGUCCCGGCCAGCGAAACCGGUGUCUGUUCUUUUCUACGGAUACCUUCCCGACUCCACGAAAGGACGAAUUCAGUCGUACACAAGUGGUGGGGAGCUGAAACGUCUGAGAGCAAUCGGUAAUGAGAUUCGCAUUACAUUCUACACCGCCUCCUUUUUAGGUUUCACACAUGAACUCGGCGCCUUCCAAGUCAACUUCCACAGAGUCAAUGCAUUCUCCGACCGGAAGGAUGAAUCAACCGCGCCCAGCUACUUGGUCGGUCACUGUCCCCGGGAAGAUGCUCUUUUGGCCGCCGUAGCCAGCGGACUCUCGCUGCGCCGCGACAUGGAAUCCGUCGUCUUCGCCGGACCACAACGUCUGGAACAGUUCAUGCGAACAAUUCCCGCCGACCCAGUGACCAAUCUCUGGGUUACCGAGGUCACCCACGUCCCCACCACCAGCAGCAGCAGCAGCAGCACACCCACGACCGUGCUCGAGGUGGAGUUCGUCAGCCAGGCGUCGACUUCCUCGGACGCCGUUCCCCUGGUCGGCGCGCAUUUCGACUCAGUGCUGGCUGAAUACUCGAACCAGUUUCAUGCCAAUUUCCAAAAGCGGUUCCCUCACAAUGCGCACGAAAGAACACAUGAACAGGUUGCCAUGUCUAAAGUCUGUGUGAGCAACCUGCUCGGCGGGAUAGGCUACUUCUACGGCUCGAGCCUGAUCAAGUCUCCCAUCACGCACGGAUCUCGAGACGACUAUGGCAACCUCCAGUCAGCGAUUGAGUACGGACCGGCAGGUCUCUUCACCGCGACACCCUCGCGCAGUCAGUUUCCUCGUGGUUUCCUGUGGGACGAGGGAUUUCACGGCCUCCUAAUGGCUCAGUGGGACGCGGAGUUGGCUCUGCAAUCGCUGAGCCACUGGCUCGACUUGCUCAACGGCGAAGGUUGGAUACCGCGGGAGCAGGUACUUGGGUGGGAGGCCAGAGCUGACGUUCCUCCUGAGUUCCUCGUUCAAUCCACCUCGGUGGCUAACCCGCCAACUCUUAUUCUGGUGGUGGAGUUUCUGUUGGAUCGCCUGACCGCAAUGUCUCCUGACGAGGCGGCAAUGUUUCAACGAUGGGCCCACAAUGCUUUCCCCAGACUUCACACGUGGUUUGUUUGGUUCAACACCACGCAGGCUGGCAAUGUGCCCACUUCCUACCGAUGGCGCGGACGUCCCACGAACAACCCCUUCCAAAUGAACCCGCUGACUCUUUCUUCGGGCCUUGAUGACUACCCGCGGGCCUCGCACCCAACCUCCGACGAGCGCCAUGUUGACCUGCGUUGUUGGAUGGCGCUGUUUGCCCGCGUUCUGGCUCGCUUAGCCGAGUACAUUGAUGGCAGUGGUGAACUCUCCGCGUCAACACUGGCCUACCGUGCGAUCGCUAGCGACUUGUUGGAUCAAGGGAAACUGGAUGAGCUCCACUGGGAUGAAAGGAACGGGAUCUAUGCUGACUACGGCCUCCACACUGACUCACUGAUGCUUGUGAGACCGCCCGCCUCGCCUAACGCCAAACCCGAUGACCCCCCUGUAUGUGCUGGUGUUCAGCGCCAGUUAAUGCUCGAUAUGAAUGCCAUUCGUGAUUUGGCGCCAUCUUUAAACAAGAUGUAUGGUCUUGCUUCCCCGAAUUCUUAUAACACGACGCCUUUUCUGGCACCCGGGAAAGAUUUCGUUGUGGUAUCGUAUCUUUUACCGCGUGACUCAUGCUUCCCGUUUAUUUUGUUUUCUCACCAGCCCGCGAAAAUACGGCGUGUGUUGAAACAGCCGCAAAUGCAAUUCGUCUCCUCAAGUGUGGGCUACGUGUCUUUCUUCCCACUGUUCCUCCGAGUCAUCUCGCCAGACUCCCCGAAGAUGGAGAUCCUCAUCGAUAAACUGGCCGACCCCGCGCUCCUCUUCUCCAAGUACGGCCUUCGAUCACUCGCGCCUACCUCGCCGUACUACGCGCAGACCAACACCGACCACGAUCCGCCGUAUUGGCGAGGCGCCUUGUGGAUUAAUAUUAAUUACCUCGCUGUUGAGUCCUUGAAGUUUUACGCAAACCACCCACGGGUCUCACCGACCGUGGCCGAAAAGGCCAGUCGUUUGCACAGAAAUCUGAAGGAGGCGCUUAUAGGUACUGUCUUGGGUGAGAUGAAUCGAACCGGGUCCACGUGGGAGCGGUACGACGACCAGACAGGAAAGGGGCUAAGCGGACACCCAUUUAAUGGCUGGACGGCCCUAGUCAGUCUAAUGAUGAUCGACGAGAAUAAAGCAUAA